AUGCUGGCCAUGACCGGAGCGUGCAUGGUGCUGGCGGCGGGCUUCGGCUUGGUGGCCAUGGCGAUGGGGCUGCGGAUCCGGUGCCAAGAGGGCGACUCGCUGCGGGGCCAGACUACCAGCGCCAUGCUCUUCCUCAGCGGACUGCUGCUGCUGAUUGCCUUAACCGGCUACACAGUGAAGAAUGCGUGGAAGCAGGACGUCUUCUUCUCCUGGUCCUAUUUUUCCGGGUGGCUGGCUUUCCCCUUCUCUAUUCUCGCGGGCUUUUGUUUUCUGUUGGCGGACAUGAUCGUGCAGAGCACCGAGGCCAUCAGUGGGUUCCCCGUGUGCCUGUGA